AUGUCGCGAACUUCAUACGAUAGGUAUCUCACUGUAUUCUCUCCUGAAGGGAGACUGUACCAAGUCGAAUAUGCUUUCAAAGCCAUCUCGGGCUCGGGACACACUGCCGUGGCCAUCAGGGGAAAGGACACGACGGUAGUGAUCACCCAGCGCAAAGUGGCAGACAAGCUUAUCGACGCGUCGACGGUCACCCAUCUGUUUGGCAUAACGCCCACCAUCGGAUGUGUGAUGACCGGUCUCACAGCGGAUGCACAUGCCCAAGUUGCUAGGGCUCGUAGAGAAGCAGCCGAUUUCCGAUACAAGUAUGGAUAUGAAAUCACCCCGGAUGCUCUUUCAAGACGACUGGCGAACAUUAAUCAAGUGUAUACGCAAAGGGCUGGAAUGCGUCCGUUGGGAAUCUCCAUGAUCAUCAUCGGUAUAGAUCCCGAAGUUGGCCCCCAAUGUUUCCGUCUUGAUCCCGCUGGAUAUUUCGUCGGCUUCCACGCAACGGCUGCCGGACAAAAGCAUCAAGAGGCGAUGAAUCACCUUGAGAAGAAAUGGAAGAAGCUGGAUAACGGAAGAGGUGCUGAUGAUCCAGCGAAGGCCGGUCAGUCACUCAGCAGGGAUGAAGUUAUUGAGAUGGCCAUCGAAGCUAUGUCUACUGUACACUCCACCGAUUACAAGCCGGGCGAAGUCGAGAUAGGAAUCUGCUCUUCGCAUGAAGACGAGGAAGAAACCAAGGGAUUAUGGCGUAUAAUGGACGAAGAGGAGAUUGAAGAGCAUCUGCUCGCUUACGCAGAAAAGGACUGA